AUGCAUAUUGAUAUCACCAUGCAAACUCAUCACUUCUCAUCAUCUUAUGGCAGUGCCUCCUGCACCAGUUUAGAUGAUGAAAAUUCAAUCUUCCUCUCUCUUGCUCCUCCUGGCCACCAACAUUUACCACCUUCCAAACUCUCAUCCCCUCAUAUCCCUCCACUGCAACUCAAAACAACUACUUCCACUACCACUCCACCUCAGUAUUGGAUCCCUUCUCCUUCUCAAAUCCUUAUCGGUCCAACCCAGUUUUCUUGCACUGUCUGCAACAAAACCUUCAACCGUUUCAACAACAUGCAGAUGCAUAUGUGGGGACAUGGAUCACAAUAUAGGACAGGACCUGAAUCCCUUAGAGGGCCAAAACCAGCGUCGUCUUCAUCAAUACUGAAACUCCCCUGCUAUUGUUGCGCUGAGGGUUGCAAGAACAACAUAAAUUAUCCAAGGUCAAGGCCACUAAAAGAUUUCAGGACACUUCAAACACACUACAAGAGAAAGCACGGGGGGAAAUCGUUCGAGUGCAGGAAGUGUAGGAAGACAUUUGCUGUGAGAGGAGAUUGGAGGACACAUGAGAAGAAUUGUGGGAAGCUUUGGUUUUGUAUCUGCGGUUCUGAUUUCAAACACAAAAGAUCACUAAAAGAUCAUGUUCGUACUUUCGGUAGUGGCCACGAUCCACACACAUUGGAAUCUAUUAGUUUUGAUGAACACAAAGAAAAUGGAAAUUACAAGGAAGAAGAAGAUGAAGAAAAUGGAAGUGAAGAUGAAGAAGACAAUGACAGUGAAGUUGCUAUUACUUUUAACUAA